AAAUAAAAACACAAUAUAAAUAUUUAUGUUCUCUCUUCGUUAUCUCAAAUUCUCAAUCGCCUUUUCAACUCUAAAAGAGAUCAUUUCAUUUCCUCCCCGAUUAAGUUUCCUUCUUUCUGCAUAAUUCUCCGUAAUACCACUUGAUCUUCUAACCAUGGCUAAUGCUGCAUCGGGUAUGGCUGUGCAUGAUGACUGCAAGUUAAAGUUUUUGGAGUUGAAGGCCAAAAGAACCUACCGCUACAUCGUGUUCAAGAUUGAAGAGAAACAGAAGCAGGUUGUUGUAGAAAAGGUUGGUGAGCCGUCUCAAAGCUAUGAAGACUUUACUGCAAGCCUUCCAGCAGAUGAAUGCCGAUAUGCUGUCUAUGAUUUUGAUUUUGUUACCGAGGAGAACUGUCAGAAAAGCAGGAUUUUCUUCAUUGCCUGGUCUCCUGAUACAUCAAGGGUCAGAAGCAAGAUGAUUUAUGCUAGCUCCAAGGACAGGUUCAAGAGAGAGCUAGAUGGGAUUCAAGUAGAGCUGCAGGCAACUGAUCCAACUGAGAUGGGUCUUGAUGUUUUCAAAAGCCGUGCCAACUAAAUAGAAUUCUCCACCUUGCAAAAUGGAGAAUCUCUCAAUGAUGUCUUGCUUUACCCCAGGUGAAGUGUUAAUGGUUUGUGGAGGCAAUGUGAACCUGACUGAAUUAUGGUACUGGUUUGUUGUUGAAGUUUCACCUAUGCAGCAUGUCUUCAUCUGGAACCAAUUCAGUGAUUUUGGUGAUGUCUUUAUUGAUUUGUUAUGGUGUGGAAGUUAUGAAACGAGUGGCUACUUAUAUCUCCAAAGCUAAGGUGUUUUAAUUUCUUUGGGAGGGUUUUCAUA